GGAUUCACAAAUAUGGCGGUUAUGCAAAGGGAGAAAAUACACAGUGAAAGGACCUAGGGUCACGUGAUGUGCGAUGGGGUGUUUCGCGGGCUGUGAUUGGCUGUCGCUCUGCUGAAGUCCACUCAGCACAGGGGAGAUUGUAGGACAUUGCUAGAUGACAUCGGAUCAUCAUGGGGAGAAGCUACUACGUGGAUGAGGCGGUGGAAAAGUAUUUCACGAAGAUUAUUCAGCAGCAGAAGCCUUAUGUGACCGGACUCCUUAUAGGACAUUGCUCCCUGCUGAGGGAUUACGUUCUUCUGGCCGUUCAGACUCCUCAAAAAGAAGAACCAGGUGAAGUCCCCAAACAGAGGGCCGGACCCCCCAGGCUUGAUGACAUCGAUGAGGAGUGGGUUUCUAUUCAUGCCAGUCAGGUGAAUCGGAUGCUCCCCGGUGGCCUGCUGGUUGUUGGUGUCUUCCUUAUAACAUCUCCAGAACUUGCAAAGGAAUCACAAAAUACUUUACGAAAGCUCCUCUUUGCUGUAGAUAAGACUUCGAGGAAGAACAGAUUGUGGAGUCCUGGCGAAAAUGAUCCCACUGAUAGAGCGGCGGUGCACGUCUGUUCAUUAACAAAGAAGAAUACUUGUAGAACCUUUGACAUCUCAGAUCCAAAGAGUACAGCGAAACCAGCUGAUUGGAAAUACCAAAACACGCCUUCAUCUUGGCUAACUAUAGACUGUAAUGUCCACGUAGACCUGAUCAUUCCAUUGUCUUCAUCUGCAACAUAUCAAGAAAAACAGAAAUAUACAAGACAAGGACUGGUACAGUGGGCAAAAGAGCUGGAAAAUGCUGUCAUAUUAUUUAAUGGACAAGUCAAAGACAGCGAUGGUGACCUGGUGGAGGAGCAGAAAAAAUCCAGGUCGUCCGCACAUUCCAGUCCUCAGAUCAUCUCCGCAAACAUUCUUAUGACACCAAAUUCUGUGAAUCGCUCCACAGCACAGGUCCAAAUCUGCAAGUCUACACUCAGGAUUCAAGGAGUGGUAAAGUGUAGAGGGUAUGUGAGCAGCAGCAAGCCAAAAGUAAGAGACGCUACACAGGCUAUAAAAAGAGAUCUUCAGAAUACCUUAUCAGACCGCUGUGAAAUACUUUUUGAGGAUAUCAUCCUUAAUGGAUCCCAACACGAGUCUGAGAAGGAGCACUCUCCGCUUCCUCAACGCAUAUUCAUUCCCGUCCCUGGCUCGACCGUCAUGUUUUGUGACUAUGUUUUCGGAGACGAAACCGAGGAAGACUUAGAGAAUCGGAUCUUUGAGAUGUUGGAUCAAGAAGUGCAUUAUAAAGCUCUAGCGUUCGUGGAGGAGACGAACAACCGAGAAACACACGAGAAUGAACAUCAGCCUCCUCAUGAUUCCUCUAAACCCAAUCAGCCAUCCAGUCCAUCCAAUGAAGAAAGACAUACAUUCACAAAGGGAACAUCUACAAAACAGCAGAAUAUAGGACUCCUCAUGGCGGCAGCAGUUGUUGUUCUAGCAGGUCUGAUAUCCUUAUAUUAUCUUAAUGAGUAAACCUUUACACCAUGUAAUGAUUGCGAUGGGUCUACGUCAUCUUAUAAAGGAGAAGUGUCGACCAGCAGGCAGAGCAAUGACCAAGUUAUUUCAGCGAUGUCUACUUCAUCAGAAGCUGCAUUGUGUGUUCUUCAUUGUGCAAAUAACAGUUUAUCAGUUUAUUUACUUGCUUUUUUUCUUUAUUCUGUUAGUUAUAAUUGAAAUAUGAACUUUCCAUUGCUCUCAUGUGAUAUUAUAAUUUGCUCUGCUAAUAAACUGGCAGUGUCUCAUCUCUA